UCCUAGUAAGGCGGGAUGCGUGUUGUGGACACACAGGUCUCCAGUCCAUCACUGGGCAAAAAAAGAGAUGCACAGGACAAGCAACCAAGCACACACACCUCAGAAACACCUCAGACAAAUUUAACGUUAUGUUUUAAGUACCUGGAGAGAAUCCAAGCAUUAACACUGAAUGCAGAAAUACUUCAGGUCGGGUUUAGAACCGAUGACUUUCUUGCUGCUUUUAAGUAAAUGGCUCCAUUCUUCUUAUUUUUUACACCGGCACUAUAUUUUCACAAACCUAAAUGCUUAAAUUGGUUGUUGAGCGCGUCUACCUGCGCAAGCGCACACGUGAUCCUCCCACCCUCUCCUUCUCUCUCACUCUCUCUCUAUCUGUCUCUCCUUCUUCCCGAGCCCCUUCACUCAUUCAUCAGGACCAAUUUUCAUUCAGCCCACGCAGCAAGACCGCCUACAAAAAGAUGCGGGAAGCGACGCAGAGAUGUAGAGGAGAAAACCGCAGACGGGAUCCGAAGGAGAGCGCGUGUUUGUGAGCCGGAUUGAAGAAAGGAUUAGAAGAGUUCCUCCAUCCUUAGAAAAGUUCCUCCAUCCUCCUCACUGUGAAUUUAAAGCGCUGCUAUGGCCCUGAGCAGAUGUUGCAGAGAUUUCAGCAGAGCUUUCUUUAGCUGCCGUUGGGAGGAGCAGAGGGACAAAGAGAACAAGUGCUCAACCUGCUGGUGCAUAAUAGUCACUGUUGGGGCCCUAAUUUCUGUCUGCUGGGUUUACAUUUGGCUGGUCAUCUACAACAACCGAGAUGAUUUUAAUACAUUCUUAUUCUCCUAUCUUCACAAGCACGGGAACUAUUUCAUGGUAGCGAUGAUCAUUUUUGCCCUGUCUGCCAGCUACUGCGUUCUGCUGCUGCUUUUUGCACUGGUCCAAGUUGUCUUACAAGAAAAACUUGACUUGCACUGGAUCCACAAGGUUUUGAUAAGUUUGGGAAUGCUACUCAUCAUAACUGUGAUUUCAUUAAUCACCAAAUUACGGCGGGAAGAAUGGCAUAUUGUUUCUCUUUCAUUCCAGUACACAGCUCCUUUCUUACAGUUCGGUGCUGUUGGAGCCUUGACCCUGCUGAGCUGGCUGGUCUUCCGGGCCUUCCACCGGGACCAGAAACGAGCAAAGUUCCCGAUUGCAGUAUUAUUCCUUUUGUUGUCGGCAUUCAUCUAUCUGUGUCCCCUGCUCAUCGACUCACCUUGUUUGAUCGACAUAAAGGAAAUAAAUUUGACUAAACCAGACCUCUGGGGCCACAGAGGAGCACCAAUGCUGGCCCCAGAGAACACCCUGAUGUCCUUUGAAAGGAGUGCAACCGAGUGCAAAGUCAAAGUAUUUGAGACUGAUGUGCAGCUCAGCAAAGACAGAAUUCCCUUUCUGAUGCACGACCAUAAGGGCAAAUUCCUCAAAAGAACAACAGACACGGACAAUAUUUCUUGUGGCAAUCAGAUGAACAUUAGUGAGCUGAAGUCUUUAAAUGCUGGGAAAUGGUUCAUAAAGAACAAUCCUUUUCAAACUGUUGACCUGCUCAACAAAAGCCAGAGAGAGACAGCUGAAAAUCAGACUGUUCCCUCACUGAGGGAGCUUCUAGAGCUUUCCAAAAGGCACAAUAUCGCCAUUAUGUUUGACUUGUAUCGUCCCGACGGUUGUGAUGGCAGUAAUGACACUGAGGACACUGUGAAAGAGAUCUUGAAUUCAAGCAUCAGCCACGAAUUGAUCUACUGGCUUCCACCAGAAAACAGAGAAUAUGUGAAGAAGACUUCAAACUUCAUCCAGGUGUACAACAUUACAAACACAUCAGAGAUCGAUGAACAAAAUGUGACUCACCUUAAUGUUAAAUACAGUCACCUGAAUACACGUGAAAUCAGGGAACUUCGAAAUAAAAGCAUUAAAGUGAACCUGUAUGUGGUGAAUGAGCGCUGGCUGUUCUCUCUGCUGUGGUGUGCAGGAGCCAGUUCAGUCACUACUAACAACUGCCAGGUGUUAAGCAAAAUGGAGCAGCCUGACUGGAUCAUGGCUCCUUCUACUUAUAUAAAAUUAUGGAUUUCAGUAGAUGCUGCAUCCAUUUUGAUAAUGAUUGUUGUCUUUGUCUAUCACUGGAAACACAAAAGUUCCCCCCAAAGAGGAGGUAAAGGAGAAUCAACGCUUUUGUCGCUGAUGGGCUCGAAAUCGCACCUUUAGUUUGAACUUUGACAGAUUUCAGAACCCUUAAAGCCAUCUUGGAUCUGUUUCUGGGCCACCACAGCAGCUAAAAGCUUCAUCAGGGCUAAAGAAAUAACUAAAGUGUCAUCACUACAGAUUUUUUAUUAAGCUGUGAAACAAGAAAUAAUUUUACAGAAAUUUUUGAAAGAUUUUCUUUACAUAUCAUGAAUAUGCCACUGGAUGGCAUUUGGUUGCAAGGGUUGUUACGUUUAAAGUUUAUCUUCUUACUAAAUAAAAUACAGUGCCUUUGACCUUCCGAUUGUAUUAAGAUCUGAACUACUUUCUCUUUGCACUAUAUUUUUGUACAAUUUAAGGAAAGCUACAAAUGAGCCUAAAACGUUUCAUAACCUGUUGGAUUAGAGUUAAAAUGUCCAUGUUGUCACCCUGAUUCCCCUCUCAGAUUUUCAAUAAGAGAUUCUGGCUGGGUUAGUCUAAAACACUAUUAUUAAUGCCAGUAAAAAAAAAACAUGCUGGUAAAAUUAAAAGACGACUUUAAACUUAAAUCUACCAUGGGUAUGGAACAUUUUUAGCUAAACUACAGCUCCUCUCUGCCAUAUCUGUAACCUGAGCCAAAUUAACCAAAAUGCUUGUUGUUUUUUUGAGUGUCCUGCUGUUUGAGUUGUAUUCUGUGUGUAAUCCCAACACUUUAUUCUCAGGGAAUAAACAACAACCCAAACUAGAUCCAUUUUAUGAGUUAUGAAAGUAUGAAAACUACAGAACAGGCAAAAUUUCUCCAAUAUGGAGUUUAUUAUUUUUGGAUGCAAUGUUCACCAGAUUUUUCAGACAUAGAAAACUUACAAUAAAACACUUGAAAAAUGUUUUUUUCACUUUUCAAUGUGGCAUUUCUUGUGUAAAAUUCAGACAAAAAAAAAAAGAAAAACUGGACUCAUUUAUUUUGAAUCUGAUUUACCAGAAAUAAAGACAUUGUAAUAAACCGUGUUCGUUUUCAACCUUUGAAUAUAACCAGUUUGCAGAGAUGUGACUUUUUCUGAAAAUUUAUAGUGAACUCAGAAAGAAUAAUGAAUCUAGAAAACUGUGAUGUACAUUCCUUUUUAAAGUGUUUAAAGGUUUAAUAACAAGAUAAUUUGUUUUUGUCUUUUUUUCAAAUUUUUUGCACCAUAUAUUAAAGGGAAAUAACAUUUGUAUAAUUUUCAUUUAAAUACAUGUUUUACACUGAAUUACUGUGCAAAAUUUCCAUACAUUUGGUGGAAUAGCUUUUUUAAAAUGCUGUUUAUAUUUUUUAAAUGUGGAAUUCUACAUACUUCUAAGAUAUGGUACUUGCAUAACAAGCCUCUUACAAAUUUAAAAUAAAAUGGAAAAUUAAUUGAUUUAAAGCUUUGUAUACAGAGUAUGGUGUUUUUCAUGCACAGUAUUAUUUUCUCAUGUUGUAAAUGUUGUCCUUCCUUAUUGAAUAUUGUUUUUGUUGAUACUGUUUUUUUACCUUUGUGUAAAUGUAAAUGUUCACACUGAACUUGGUGCUGUGACACUAGGAUUUCUUGAGCUCUUCUGUGGGGCAACAAAAUAUUUCUAUUUUGUUAGAAAAAUAAGUAACAUAAAAAAUACAAAAAACACAAAACAGUGAAUUGGACACCAAUACUUACGCCAUUUUAAACAAUAACCAGAUCCUCUGAAAUAU